CCCCUUCCUUUGUCCUUUUCUUACCAUUCCCUUUUCUUCAUCUUUCUUUUCCCUUUCCCACCUCACACUUUCUGUUGAAAAAAAUCUAGACAAAACUUUUUAGGCCAUUUUUUCGGUCUCCUUGAACGCGAAACUUUGAUGGCAUGAAGGGUCUUUGGUGGCUCUUUCGGGUCUCUGGAGUUUGGGCAUUAGUAAAGUAUUUUAACAAAAUGGCUACUAAUGAACAUUUCAUUUUUUUCUUUUGUAUUCUUUGGAGUAUCUGGACAUGUAGAAAAUUCGACAACUUUUCAGCUCUUUGGACGCAGGAUUUGAAGCCAAUGAUGCCCAAUUGCCUUUGCAAGAAAGGAAAAGAAGGUCAACUAGAAUGAAUAACGUGCAAAUUCAGAAAAAAUAACCAA